AUGAUGGAUGAGGAUACAAAACAAAUUCUGCAGAAGAUAAUAGAACAGAAUAAUGAAAUUCGUGACGACAUACGAUCAAUAAGAACCGAAAUUUCCCUCUCAUUAGACAGAACCAAGAAACUAGAGGACCAAGUUGAUGAACUUACCACCGAAAACAAAGAAUUGAGGAAAAGUAAUGAAUAUCUCUCAAGGAAGUUGAAAGAUAAUAACUUGAUCAUAUUUGGAAUCGAAGAAGAAGAAACACUCACUCCUAUUGAUGCUAUUCAAAGAUUGGUGGAAGGCAAUUUGAAAGUCUCUUUACGUGAAUUUGAUGUCAACAAUACAUUUCGUAUAGGACAGAAGACUGCGAAUAAAAUUCGUCCUAUCAUUCUUCAAUUAACAAGAAAUAUAAAGAAACAGGAGAUAUUGCAAAAUGCAGCAAAGUUGAAAGGAACAGGUAUAUCUGUCAGUCACGAUCUCACACCGACAGAAAGAGAAGAAAAGCAAGUCCUUUUUAAAUAUUAUAAAGAGGCGAAGAAUAAGAAAUAUGACACAACUCUCCUAAGAAAUAAAGUCAUAAUAAAUGGUGAAGUAUAUACAGCAGGAGACCUGAGUGAAGGUUUACAUGAACGAGUGUCAGCGCCUGAAGUAAGAGAAAAAAGAAAGUUCAGCAGUCCAGACGAAACAGAAACAGAAGUUAUAGGAAAUUCACAGGAACAGCAUUCAGAAAAAAGAAACCCUUAUUCAACUAGAACACAAAACAGAAUAACCCAAUCAAACGAUAGUGAGAAAUCAUUAAUUAUUCCAUCCUAUAAGAGACCAAAGAAGUAA